UUUUUUUUUCCUUUCCACAACUCAAAAAUCAACUCUCUAGGUAGGUUUUCAUUUUCUUUAAGGAAGCAAAUUUGAUUUCCUCCACUGUUUUGUUUCAGUCAAUGUGAUACCAUGAUUUCUCUAUUUUUUUCCACGACUUCCAUAAUAAAGAAAAAUUGUAGCAUCAUCAAGUGAAGUCAUUUUUAUCACCCAAUAUCCUCUGUAUAUCAUCUUGUUCAUGCUUUCUCUCCACCUACUUUUCUACUCACCAUAGACUUCUUAAUAAUCCAUUGCCCUUCUUCCCUUAACCACAUCCAUUUCCCCAUUUCCUCCAAAUGAAUUCCCAAAGCUUUUACUUCUUCUCUUUGCUCACUUUGUUUUCUUGCCUUAUACUAAUUCAUGUACCUCAAGGUUCCAGUAAUCCUGAAUUCUACCGAACUUGUGGAAAUACCUAUAGCUGUGGUGAUAUUACAGGAUUGAGUUAUCCUUUUCGCAAUGUCAAUGAUCCUCUCUUCUGUGGUUAUCCUGGUUUUGAGCUCAAUUGCAAUCAGGAUAAUAUUACCACUAUGGUCAUCAACAACAUCAACCAUCGAAUAUUAGACGUACAUUUAACAACCCAAACAAUAAGGAUUGUUAGGGAGGAUAUCAUGGAAUCAACUUGUCCUGUUGAUUUAGUUAACACAACUCUGGAUUACUCCCUCUUCGAUUACGCUGUUGGCUAUUCAAACUUGACCUUCCUAUAUGAUUGCCCUGUUUCAUCCAGCUCUGCGGAAACGGAUGUUAUGAUGGCUUGUAGAAAUAGCAAAUAUCACAAUGUUUUCGUAUUGCCGGGUGCUGUAGGCCCGGGGAAGUGCAAUGCUAGUGUCACAGUUCCAGUACGUCAAAUGAGUGCUGCUACUGUUGGAUCCUUGAAUUCAUCAGGUUUGGGACAAGUACUUCAACAGGGCUUUGAUAUAAAAUGGAAAAUUGAUAGUAAAGCCUGCAGUGAAUGUAUCCACACAAAGGGGAAAUGUGGGUAUGAUGAAUUCAUGAAGCAAACAACUUGCUUUUGUCCUGUUCCUCCUUAUGAAUCUGCUUCUUGUUCAGUUGCUACUUUUGGAUUCUCGCCAACAUUACCAAUAUCUAAACCAUCUCCAUCUCCAUCUCCAUCCCCAGGUAAAUGUUCUUGUUUUCCUAAGAACUAUUUCUGGCUCAAUUUGCCUUCUUAGUCUUGACUUAGUCGACGGAUUUGGUUCAGUCACUCCAUGGGGUUUACUUCUUCUUGUGUCUAAUUGACUAAUUAGCUAAUUUAAUAAAUUUGAGCUAACUCGAGGAUAACGACAAGGACCAGUGUCUCCCAUGUAGAUCCAUAGAUUAUAUUAUAUAAACUGAUAAUUAAAGUUAACACUCAUCAAUAUACUCUUACUUAUUCUCCUUUUUUAAAAUUAAUAAUACACCUGUUGUAACUUGGUUGUUUAAGUAACUUGAUAGUGCAAAAGUACUUUACACUGUUGCUAUAUAAAAAUUAAAGGUCCCAAUUACUUGAUUGUAGUCUCCUGGAUUAGUUUAGUGAUCCAAUAUCUUCUAAUUCAUUCAUCUCUGAAAUCAUGUUUCACGUCCACAACUGUGUAAGUCUAGUUUUACCAUUCAGUAGCUGUCAUUUUAGUUGGUAGUAUUAGGUAUGCCUCUGCCAACCAACCAUUGAUGAUAAAGUCUAUUGUUGAGAUCUUCUUUUUAUUUUUUCUACAUUGAGCAUUUUUUCCAGUCAAGGCUGAAAAUAAUAUCUUGAUAGUUGGUUAGCUAACUUUACAUGGAUGAUGUAUCCAGUAUCAAGAUUCGGGAAAACAAAACUAGAAAUCCAACAACUAUUAGCAUGCGUUUUCAUUAACUAAUUUUGCAAGACAUAUGGUAUCAUUAGCAAUGUCAUGGUUGAAUUAGUACAAUAGUGUUGGGAGAGGAGAGGGGAGGGGAGGGCUGAGGUGUCGUCCAAUUUCCCUUCUAGUCAUGUGAUGUUGUCCGUUUUGGACAUAGGUCAAUGUUUCCACAUUGACUUUAAAACACAUCACUAGGGUCAAUGACUUGUAUUCUUAUAUACCUAGCAUCUCUCCCACGUUUUGCCAAUGGAGAUAUGCCUAGGGUAUCAUAAGAGUAAUGGUAUCAAAGGCAGAAAAGGCUCUUAUAGUAGAUAUCGAAAUUUGGGCAUAUAAAUUAUUAACGUUCUCCUUAAUUAUGGAGCAUGUCUAGGAGAUAAAUCUGUUCUUCUCAAUGCAUCUUACAGAUUAGUACUUAUCUUUUUGUUUUCCCACGAUCAGUCCGGCCGGUCAUUCGCAAAUGAAAAGGGGAUAGUAGUUCACUCAAAAUACCCUGCUUUCCACUUCUUCAACAUUUUCCAUAGAAGUAGUGAAACCUUGUGGACGCUAAAUUAUGGGUUAUGAACUUGAGCUACUGUCAUAAUAAUUGGGACAAAGUAGGUGAUAGACCCAUACUUACUGAAGUUGCACUCUUUUAAGGUGUGGGAUCACAUAAAUUUGCAUGUGCAUCCGAGUUCACACGUUCAUUCGGUCCUGUUGCAUCUCCUUUGUAAAGUGUAUUUCAACUUAUACUUAUUCAGGAAAGACUUAUCCCAAUAACCAACUUAUCUCCCACGGU